AUGGGGCCACCUGACAAGGUGCGCGAGGCAACCUCGGGCGGGCCCGAGAGGUUCUGGGAUGAUCUUGCGUCCGCCGUCCAGGCGUCCUGCGCCAGCCACGAGGAGAUAGACGAUGCGCUACGAGCGUGGCUUGAUCUCGUAGCAUCGGGCCGUGACGAAUUCCUGCAAGACGAAGACGACCUCGCGCGCUGCUCACGCUGCUUGCUGGAUAGCCCAUUGUGUUCUGGCAGCGACGUACGUGAGUAUGUUCGGACGCAGAUCGUCUACAGUCUGCUGCAGGAGGACGAGUCCCGCCCACUGCACGCCAUUGCCAACUACCUGCUUCUAGCCGGCCGCGUAGACGACGUGGUAUUUGCCCAGAUGAUCGAGGCGGGCUGCUUUGCCCGCCUCGUCGAGCUGAUCAAAGCCAGCUACAACGACGACCGGCGCUUGCACCGCCUACUGCUGGAACUCAUGUACGAGAUGGCACGUGUAGAACGGGUGCGCGUGGCCGAUCUCCUGGCCGUCGACGAUGGAUUUGUCGGCUACCUAUUCCAAGUUAUCGAAGACAUGUCGGACGACAGUGACGAUCCGUAUCAUUUCCCCGUGAUUCGUGUGUUGCUCAUCCUCAAUGAGCAGUACAUGGUUGCGGCCACCACCGCGGCGGUCGAUCCUAUGUCGCCUGCGGCGCCCUUGACCAACCGCGUUGUCAAGGUCCUUAGUCUCAAUGGACCGCUCUAUCGCACAUUUGGCGAGAACAUCAUCCUCCUGCUCAACCGUGCCACGGAAACCUCACUGCAACUGCUCAUCCUUAAGCUUCUCUACCUCCUCUUUACAACGCACGCUACGUACGAGUAUUUCUACACAAAUGAUCUACGCGUGCUGCUCGACGUCAUCAUCCGCAAUCUGCUCGAUCUGCCCAACGAGUCCGCUUCCCUGCGCCACACUUACCUUCGCGUGCUGUACCCACUACUCGCCCACACCCAACUCAACCAGCCGCCACAAUACAAACGUGAUGAGAUUUUGCGAGUGCUUGCCAUCCUCUCCGGCUCGGGUAACGUCCACUUUGCGCCUGCUGACGAGACCACUCUCCGCCUCGUGGACCGGGUGGCCAAGGUCGAGUGGCUCAGCGCGCCGUCGCCGCCCACAUCGACACCAACGUCGCCCACGAGCCCGGCAGGAACACUAGGCACCGUGACUACAUUUGACACGACGACAACGGCGCGCACAAGCACCUCUUCAAGUGCCGGAAGCGUCGCAACUGUUGGCAGCCUCAUCACUGAUGACAGUAAUAACACCGAAGAGAACGCUGGCGAGGCAGACCGCGAUCAGGUUGUUAAUAAAUUUCUUGGUAUCAGCCUGUCACUUGACGGCCGCCUGAGCCGUGCCAGCGUCGAAGAUGUAGCUGCUGUCAAGGAAAAGCCUGGUAUUAAAACGCCAAGCCGCAAGGCCGAGUUCACGGAGGCCGAGCUACGUAACUCUGCAAACGACGACUAUGAUGCAUGGUCCUCUGAGGAUAACAAGGCCGGCCCUGCCACUGCGGGAGAUGAUAGCCACCCUAUACCGGCUGUGACUGUCGAGUUUGUCCCGAAGGAGGAAGAUCUCUUUAACCAAGGACAUCCACCUCCGUGUCCCACACCAUCCAGCCCAAAAGCCAAGGCAAAACAGUCUGCACCACCCGCCGUUCCGCCGGAGCGCAGGCGAGGGGCAAAACGCGCUGUACCAGCUGUUCCCAAGCAUCGCCAUGCCGCUGCCGGAAAGGCUCUAGCGGGUUCUGGGUCCGCACCGACGUCCGACGAAAACGGCACUGCAUCCGGCGAAACCAACCCAACAGCCGCAGCUGCGGCAGCUGCGGCACACACGGCCCAUGAACACUCGCACCACACGCACCACACCUCAGCACACCCUGCCGGCGCGGGCAUUAAAAAGCUGCCGCCCAAGCUACCACCACCGCGGCGUGCAGGUCGUCUCAGGCCGGCUGCGUCCAACGCCAACCUGCAGCAGCAACAAGCCUCCGCCGAAGUAGGCCUAGGAAAACCUUCAAAUAAUUAA